AUGCGGGGCCGCCAAAUUUUCUUCUCCUCUUUUUCAACUGCCACCGGGUGCCUGUGUACUCUGGGACUACUGUCUACGGAUGCAGAGGCACCCGUUUCGGCUGCGGCUCACUCUCCCGGCAUUGAGCCGGAGUCGCAUAGCCUAACGUCAUUCAGCAACAAUGCGUGGUCCACUGCAGGGCGUGAAAGGGAGGAUGGAGGGACCAGAUCCCUGUUUUCUGAUGAUUCCCUACAUGAUGCUUCACAUCUGCAGGACGGCACUCUCGUUUCCCCCUUAGGAGACACACGCCACUCCCGACCGGGCGUGAACGUCUUAGAAGAAGACCGAGUUAGAGCAGGCUUAGUCCCCUUACUCCCCCCUGCUGCUUCCCCCAAGAGCAGCAAGGAUGGACGACGGCGUCUCUUCGCCGCCGUCAGCACAGCUUUUCUGGGUUUUGCCCUCUACUUGGGGCUCAUGACAUUGCGCUAUAAGCAGGUCCCGCCGGACUCACAACCAGCAGGCUCCGAACAGACGCGGCCGAAGCAGCGACAGCAAGAUACCGAGACGGUAACUGCUGAGCAACUGCUGCAGUCGGUGGACGAGCUGAAGAAUCUCCAGCCGCUGGCAGCCGAGUUAGCGAAGAUGGUGGGGACACACGAGUCUCGUUCUGCCUUGCAGGAGCUUUGCUCGAGUCUAACGCGUUCGCAGGAUAUUGCCCAAAUGAUUCAGGUGGGCCCUGCGGUCUCGUCUGGGUCGCCUCUGACUGCAGUGAAAACGGCGAUACAGGACAGCGUCUCCGCGUUGUCUCGGCUGUACGAAGCCGCUCGGGAGCGUGGCCUGUCUCUGACACAAGAGGUACAGAAGGAACGGCCUCCUGUUUUUUCGGAGGAGGAGAUGCAGUUGCUGGAGGAUAGCCUAGGCACGGGCUUCAGAGAAUUUGUGGAUUUUCGCGAGCAGAGCAUGAAAUAUUCUACUCCGAUAUUUGUGCAGAAGGUGGAGAAGGCGGCGGCGGAACUGAAGGGUCUGCGGAGCCUCGACUGCACGGAUGACCUGCAUUUGCUGGUGUCUGUUGCUAAAAACCUAGAAAUAGUCAAGGUAGCGCAUGACGCCAUGCAGAUAGAAUCUGAGUGGUCUGGUGAGAUCAGUGACAAUGCAGCAGCAGUGCUGCGCAUGCAGUACCAACGGAAGCAGGCGUCCACGCACCUCGAGUUAGAAGGACAACUAGGAGAACUACACAUUCUGUGUACAUUGGAGCGGGAGCGAAGGCAGUUUGAACUCAAAGAAGACGUCAGCGUCUUAAAGACCCUCGAAUUGCUUGAAGAGCAGCUGAAGAGAGGCGAACUACAGCUUCAGAAGCACGAAAAUUUGAUGAACCGGGCCAAACAUGCAGGUAAUAUCCUCUCCGCCCUUAAGGCGGAGAAACAGGCCGUAGCGGUAGCUGAAAGCCUGAAGGCCUUGCUGGAAGCCGCUGCCAGUAGCAGGCGUUCGAUUCCCGGCGUCGCUAGCGAAGAGGAAGCCGCCCAAAGCGAAGCCAUGCAGCGCCACCGUACGCUAGUGGCCUACAGGACCAAGCAACGGGCUGCAUCACACGCGAAGAGAGCAAUAAGCAGGCUGAAGGCGAUAGAAAUGCAGAUAUCCGGCGAUUUCGCCUCGCCGUCGGAACAGGAACUGAAGGGAAAGGCACGACCUCCCUUAGCGAGACAUAUGAGUAUCAAGUUGGCCGAGCUGGUCGCUGAUAAGCUGAAGGAGGUUGAGGAUGUAAAUGCAGAUUUGCGCAAGCCUGUAAAUACAGAAGAAGACACGGAAGAGGGAAACAGCAGCUCAGCGGCCCGUACGAAGGAAAUAUUGCGGGCAUCACAAGCGGCUGCAAGUGCUGCGGUGGCCUUCCUGCACGAGGCCGAGCUCAUGUGGCUGGACGCACGGCUUAAAAAAUCCUUGGAAUUCGACGUGCAGUUGAGCGUCGCCUUGGCGCGGAAAGCAACUGCCGCGGUAAGCAUAGCAAGAGGGGAGGAAGCCCAACAGCAACACGACCAUAUUGAAAUGUCUGCAGCUGAUAUUCAAGAAUUUGAAGAGCUUCUGGCGCAGUUCAACAGUGGGCACGAGAAGGCGCAGUCAGCUAAUGGUCUCAAUGAACUGGCUUCAGCAGCAGCAGGGAUAAAGCAGGUAGCUUCAAAACUUACGACAUUUGUUGAGGAACUUCAGAAGCAACCAGCGAAACGCUGA